AUGGAAAAACCGCAUACUCCAGAACCCACGCAAAUCGAAAAAGCCACCACCACGCCCGAUGAUUUCAAUGCCGCCCUUGACAAGCGUCUCAAUCGCAAAUUCGACCUCCGCAUUCUUCCCUGGCUCUUCGGAAUAUGGCUCUUCUCCUUCAUCGACCGCAGCAAUAUCGGCAACGCCCGCAUAGCCGGCCUCACCACCUCCCUCUCCAUCACAACAGGCACACGCUUCAAUAUCGCCCUCCUUGUCUUCUACAUCCCCUACAUCCUCGUCGACGUGCCUUCGAACUUGCUUGUCAAGCGGCUGCGCGCCGGCAUCUACUUGCCCACCUUGAUAACCGCCUGGGGUCUGGUAUGCACGAUGAUGGGGUUCGUGACGAACUUUGCGGGGCUUGUGGCGUGUAGGCUGUUGCUGGGGUUGUUCGAGGGAGGAAUUCUGGGGGGCGUGAUCAUUUAUCUUGCCAUGUUUUAUCGGAGGGGGGAGAUGUUGCUCAGGAGUGGGUUGUUUUAUUGUGCUGCGCCGCUGUCGGGGGCGUUUGGGGGGUUAUUGGCGAGUGGGUUGGCGAGGAUACGGGUGGGGGGUUACGAGAGGUGGCCGUGGAUAUUCUUUAUUGAGGGCGCGGCGACAGUCGUCUUUGGCAUUGUGUGCUUCUUCUUCAUGCCGGAUACUCCUGCUGCAGCGCAUUUUCUUACAGAUGAAGAGAAAGAGUGGGCGCUGCGUCGUAUGCGUAUCGAUGCAGGCGGAUCUACCGAUGUUGAUGUGGAUGAUGAGGAAUUUAGUUGGUACUGGGUCAAGAUGGCGCUUCUAGCUCCACAAACAUAUCUCUCUGCUUUCAUUUGGUUCUUUCUUCUAGUCCCCUUAUACAGUUUCUCGUUGUUCCUCCCGAGCAUUAUAGCGGGAAUGGGAUAUCAAAGUACAACAGCACAGCUCUUUACCGUGCCUCCGAACAUGGCCGCUUUUCUCACAGUCAUUGGCACAGCGUAUGCCUCCGAUCGAUUUAAAAACAGGGGCUACUUCAUUAUCGGAGGUUGUGUUCUGGGUAUAUGUGGGUAUGUGAUGUUGAUUGUGGCAAAGACAAACGCAGUGCGGUAUGCCGGGACCUUUUUGGUUGCUAUUGGUGUCUUCCAGGGCUCACCUAUGCUCAUGGGUUGGGCUUCAAAUAACCUCGCUCCACACUAUGUGCGAGCUGUCGGCAUUGGGCUUAUCAUCUCCAUUGCAAACUGCUCGGCAUUCAUUGGAACAUUCAUAUAUUUACAGCACGACGCUCCGAGAUACAUUCUAGGAUAUUCGGUUAGUCUCGGGGCGCUGGUGAUUACAAUCGUCCUGGCAGCUAUGCAGUGUCUUUAUCUUAGCUGGGAGAACAAGAAGCGAAGAAAUGGUAAGAGGGAUGGCAGGAUGCUGCAAAGCGAUGCCGGCCGACUUGGACAUGGACACCCAAGCUUCAGAUUUACGCUCUGAUUGCAACUUCUAAUAGGGCUGGUAGUGUUUUGCGCGAGAAGAAAUGCAAACCAUUUUGCUCUAACAAAUUCUGCUCGUUCACCAGAGCCAUGGCAAGAUGCCGGGAAUUUCCAUGGCUCAGGCAGCAGCCAGAGCAGCCGCGGCGGCGGGCAAAAUUGGGCCCUUCUCCAGCACUGCUUACGGGCCGUAACUGUAACGUUGGAUAUCGUUAGCUGGCAACAGCUGUCGACUGGUGUCGCUCGUCCUUGAUGCUUUCCUGGCUGUUAACCUUGCCGGCAGCAAUCAGAUGGAUGUGGCUAGUGGGCGACAGGGGGCUGGCGGGCGACACCAAUCGACAG